UUCCGUGUCUGUGUAAGGCAGUAGCCUCACAGAGGUUUGUGGAACACUGCUCCCUUUGUGAUCUGGUAGCCUGUUGCUUUUUCCCUCUUUCAAUAGCAGUUGCAUGUUGUAAACACCCGAGUUGUACUUAAUACAUUUUUAAUAGAAGACGUGUGUUUUAUGUUAGCUGCUGGCUUGUUAAAUACCAACCAGGUAAUUUCAAAUGUCUGUUACCCUCUUCAUAGAUUUGCUUUUCAGUGCAACCCUGCAUUCCUUUGGAAUAUCCACCUCGUCUUCUGUUGGCAAAAUCCCUGUGCAUCCUGAGAUAUCCGUGUGAUGUCUUUGGAAGGACACGGUCCUGAGUGAUUGGAGCUUGGCGUUGCAAUGCCACUGCCUUAGUCACGGUGCUUCCUGCUUGAUGGGACCUUGCAUCAGGUGUAAAUCCUCAGCAGGACGAAGCAGCUCUGGCCAUUAUUGUGCCUUCUGUCUCUGGUUGUCAGCAGGGCGAUGGCAGUUUGCUGCUUUUGUUACUACUGGGCUGAGGCAGCAGAUAUUCUACAAAUUUGCUGGUUUUAUUGUUAAUGAGCAGAGGACUAGGCAAGCUUGUUUUGCUUUAUUCAAACUUGUAGACCUUGCCUCCUCCCCCUUUUACUCCCCUCCCUUUUAAGGCACAUGGGUGGUUUUGUGGUCUCUGUAUCCGGUCUCUGUGUGAUACAGCAUGUGUGCUGAGGAAGCAGGACAGAUAAAACGUAGCUCUUAGUUCUGGGAAUCCUUACCUCACUGCUGGUGGGGAAGUGCUGUGUUCCCAGGCUCUGCAGAUAAGAUGCUGGGCUUCUUGUCAUACUGAAGCAUGGGACUGCCUCACGAGGAGCUGCCAGCAGUACUUCAUUAUUUGGGAAACCCAAAUCUUCAGCUGCAUGUUGCUUGGUUUCUAAGUUUGUACACCAGCUGACAGCUGCAAAGCCAUGUUUUAAGUUGUGAAGUUAGCAGUUUUUGUACUGCUUUCAUAGACUGAAGAUAAGUGACUGUCAGAAUUGCUCAGGGCAUGUGCAGGGAUGACUGGAACUGAGCUCUGGAAGAACAAAACGGGGCUUGGAGCACGAGGCCUGAGGGUUGCCUUGCACAGCCAGGGGUUCCUGUUGGCUGCGUGGUCGUAGAUGAGCGGUUGUAGCUGAGCAGUGAGCAGGAUGCCCCCGGGCAUUUACUGCCCUAUGGAAUUCUGGUCCAAGGGGGAAAACCAAAACAUCCAGGUGGACUUUCUGCUGCCAACAGGCAUAUACUUGAACCUCUCCGUGCCCUGCAAUGCCAGCUUGGGCACCAUCAAGCAGGUGGUGUGGAAGCACGCUCAGUAUGAGCCACUCUACCAUAUGCUCAGUGAUCCCGAGGCCUACGUCUUCACGUGCAUCAACCAGACAGCUGAACAGCAAGAGCUGGAGGAUGAGCAGCGGCGCCUGUGUGACAUCCAGCCCUUCCUGCCGGUACUGCGGCUCGUGGCUCGAGAAGGCGACAGGGUCAAGAAGCUUAUUAACUCCCAAAUCAGCCUGCUCAUUGGGAAAGGUUUGCAUGAGUUUGACUCUGUGCAGGAUCCAGAGGUGAAUGAUUUCCGCACCAAAAUGUGCCAGUUCUGCGAGGAGAGAGCAGCAAAGCGGCAGCAGCUCAGCUGGGCAGCUUGGAUGGAGUACAACUUUCCCUUGCAGCUUGAGCCCAUGGCCAAAGGCCUUGGAACUGGACUCUUGCAUACACCCAUCAAGAACAUUUUUGUCAACGUCAAGUUUCAGUCUGGCGGGGAGAGCUUCACUUUCCAGAUCUCCCCAAAUGAGUUCCCCAUCACGUUAAUGAGCUAUGCUGUCAAGAAGCAGGCUACUGUCUUCCGCCAUGAGACAAUGGAGAACCCGGAGGACUACACGCUGCAGGUGAAUGGGAAGUACGAAUAUCUCUAUGGGAACUACCCCCUGUACCAGUUCCAGUACAUUCGCAGCUGCCUGCACCGAGGCCUAACACCCCACCUGACUAUGGUACACUCAUCCACUAUUAUUGCUAUGAGAGAUGAGCAGGUCAACAGUAUUGCUAACCCCCCAAAGAUGGCAGUGAAGCCUCCCCCACUCCCUAAGAAAAAGCCAAACUACGGUUCUCUCUGGUCCUUGGAGCAGUCUUUCUACAUUGAGCUAGUGCAAGGCAGCAAGGUCAAUGCAGAUGAGAGAAUGAAGCUGGUGGUGCAGGCAGGUCUCUUCCAUGGCAAUGAGAUGCUGUGCAAAAUGGUGUCAAGCUCUGAAGUGAACGUGUGCUCAGAGCCGGUGUGGAAGCAGAGGCUGGAUUUCGAUAUUAACAUCUGUGAUCUUCCUCGUAUGGCGCGGCUCUGCUUUGCCCUCUAUGCUGUCAUCGAGAAAGCAAAGAAAGCACGCUCCACCAAGAAGAAGUCCAAGAAAGCUGACUGCCCCAUUGCCUGGGUGAAUGUCAUGCUCUUUGAUUAUAAGGACCAGCUGAAAACAGGGGAGUGCUGCUUGCAUAUGUGGUCCUCCUUCCCAGAUGAGAAAGGUGAACUUCUGAACCCCAUGGGCACGGUACAAUGCAACCCCAACACAGAAAGUGCAGCAGCCUUAGUCAUCUGCUUCCCCAGCGUUGCAUCUCACCCUGUGUAUUAUCCAUCAUUUGAGCAGCUGCUGGAAUUGGGGAGGAAUGGAGAACAACCCCGUGCUGCACCAGAAGAUCCAGAGGAGAAGCUGCAGCUGAAGGAGAUACUGGAGCGGAGGAGUCACACUGAGCUCUAUGAGCAUGAGAAAGAUCUGGUGUGGAAGAUGAGAUAUGAUAUCCGUGACCAAUAUCCACAAGCUUUGGCAAAGCUCCUUACCAUCACCAAAUGGAACAAGCAUGAAGAUGUUGCCCAGAUGAUUUCCUUGCUUCAGACCUGGCCAGAGCUGCCUGUCCUGAAUGCCUUGGAGCUGCUGGAUUUUAGCUUCCCUGACCGUUAUGUUGGCUCCUUUGCUAUCAACUCAUUAAAGAAGCUGACAGAUCAUGAAUUGUUCCAGUAUCUGCUGCAGCUUGUCCAGGUGCUCAAGUAUGAAUCCUACUUAGACUGUGAAUUAACCAAGUUCCUGCUGGACAGGGCGCUAUCCAACCGCAAGAUCGGCCACUUCCUGUUCUGGCACCUCAGGUCAGAAAUGCAUGUCCCUGCAGUUGCCUUGAGGUUUGGCUUGAUCCUGGAAGCGUACUGCCGAGGCAGCACCCACCAUAUGAAGGUUUUGAUGAAACAGGGAGAAGCACUCAGCAAGAUGAAAGCUCUGAAUGAGUUUGUUAAAUUGAGUUCUCCAAAGGCCACCAAGCCUCAAACCAAGGAGAUGAUGCAUGUGUGCAUGAAGCAGGAAACUUACCUUGAAGCACUUUCCCACCUCCAGUCCCCCUUGAACCCCAGCAUUAUCCUCACUGAGGUUUGUGUGGAUCAGUGCACCUUUAUGGAUUCCAAAAUGAAACCCUUAUGGAUUGUUUUUAAUAAUGAAGAGACAGGUGGAGGUGGAGUGGGUAUCAUUUUUAAAAAUGGAGAUGAUCUUCGUCAGGACAUGCUGACUCUGCAGAUGAUCCAGCUGAUGGACGUCCUGUGGAAGCAGGAGGGCCUGGACCUCAGGAUGACUCCUUAUGGCUGCCUCUCCACAGGAGACAAGACUGGACUGAUAGAAGUAGUCAUGCAUUCUGAUACCAUCGCUAACAUCCAGCUGAACAAGAGCAACAUGGCCGCCACCGCAGCCUUCAACAAGGAUGCACUGCUCAACUGGCUGAAAUCCAAGAACCCGGGUGAUGCAUUAGAACAAGCUAUAGAGGAGUUCACUCUUUCCUGUGCGGGGUACUGCGUGGCAACGUAUGUGUUGGGGAUCGGUGACCGGCACAGCGAUAACAUCAUGAUCCGGGAAACUGGUCAGCUGUUCCAUAUUGAUUUUGGUCACUUUUUGGGGAACUUCAAGACCAAAUUUGGCAUUAAUAGAGAACGAGUUCCUUUCAUCUUAACCUAUGAUUUUGUACACGUCAUCCAGCAAGGAAAAACUAACAACAGCGAGAAGUUUGAAAGAUUCAGGGGUUAUUGUGAAAAAGCCUAUAUGAUUCUGAGGCGCCACGGCCCUCUCUUCCUGCACCUGUUUGCACUGAUGAAAGCUGCUGGCCUGCCAGAGCUCAGCUGCUCUAAGGACAUUCAGUACCUGAAGGAUUCCCUAGCUCUUGGUAAAACAGAUGAAGAGGCACUGAAACACUUCAGACUCAAGUUUAAUGAAGCCCUGCGAGAGAGCUGGAAAACCAAAGUGAACUGGCUGGCACACAAUGUAUCCAAAGAUAACAGACAGUAGAGCACCCAGUCAGCCUACACACUUGCCCCAAGAGAAUGUAAAACCACUUGCACUGAAUCCAACGAUUGUAGACUGGUUUUAGAAGACUGAUGAAUGUUGCCAUGUUCAAGAUCCCUCACCUGUGGUCCGAGAUCACACCUUCCUGCAUAACUGAAAGUUGUUGGACUGUCAUCAGCCACCUAAUCCUGCCUGCACUAGAUCUUUGGGUGACAAGGGAGAGGCACGAGGCAAUAAAAUUACUGCAUACAGUGAAAGGUAGGUAGAUGUACUGCAUCCUUAACAAUUUGUUAAGUUUCAAAUUCAUCUUCUAAUGGAAGAGUUCAGGCAGUUUCAACAUCCUUUCAAGUCAGUAAGUGUGCUAAGAUGUCUAUUUUUAUUGACAAUUCAGCUGAACACUGAACAGCUACUCUGCUGUAGCUCUGAUAGCACAGCUGUUGUAGGCCCCUACCAUUACAGCCCAGGCUUUUACUCACUACGUGAUCAGUCCUCCUCUGUUCCAGUGUAUACCAAGGUCGGUCAGCCUAAAUCUCCUCUGAAACCAACUUGUACAAACUUUUUAUUCUGCAUUGUGAGAGGAUUAAAAAAGAAUCCAUACUAUCACAUUACUGUCUCUCUGCUGCAGAGGCCAGAGAGUUCUGAGAUGGAACAGAGUUCAGCUAUUGCUGUCUAAAAUCUCCCGCCACAAGAUGAGGUGCUUGGGUUGGCCUAACCUGAGUUAGGUACGUUUGCUUGCUUUCCUAAAGCAGACUUUAGGUCAAACUCAGCCAGCUUCUGUUUUUUUUUAAUAUUUGUUCUUUUUUUUAAGCCUGAAAACAUUAAGACUGCAUUUUGCAAACUGGCAUGUACCACUGGUUGCUGAAUGUACCUCCUGCUGGGGUACGCCACAGCUAGUUUGCCACCUGGCUUCCCUCUAGUGCACGCACAGAGGGCACUGGCCUACAACUACAUACUCCCUGGGAUACAAGACUGUAACCCAGUGUCAGGCUGGGACAGAUGGUACCAUCCUGUGCUUAAGUUAUUUGGCCAGUCUGCCUUCCUGUGUAAAGACAGAGGAGUGCCAGGUGAGCGCGUUUGAUACUAAAAACUCAGAUUGCAUCUCAGUUCAUCUGUAGAGUUUGUUCCCUGCUCUCAACUAAGGUACACAGCUCUGUUUGUUAUUACAGCUGGGGUACAAAGACCUGUGCCAAAGAGCAAGGUGCAGACAUCUGUGCUGGUACCUACACUGGACAAACUGCUCCAGCCUUCUUCUGUUUGUCACUGCUGCCUCUGUCUCUUUACCAUGCAGAAUCUGUCCCCUCUCGCACAAGGUGCCAUUAAUCACGUAUUUCUACCCCUGUGUCAUAUUUUUGUUUCCAGCUCAUGUCCUCACCUGGUGGGCAGUUCUGAGCACUGGUGUUGCACAGGGACAGAUGAACAGGAGCCACUGCUGUCACUCAGUGCCUCACAUGAGCAAAUUGAGGUGCAUCAAGCAGGCUGCAGCCUAUGGGUCAUGCUGGAAGAUAAGUAGUCUGGUUAGUAUCUGCUUCUUUUAGCAGUUCCCUGGGGUGCUUCCCUUCCACUCCCUGUGUUCUCCAAAACAUCACGUUCCUCAAGAGGUGCUAUCGUUUCUGUCUUUUAACGACAAAGUCAGAUUUUCAUGACAUCUCUGAAGUUGAAUUACAUCUUUGAUUUGUAUGCCCUUACCUGGGUUCAGCAAUGCUUUGUGUACAGGACUUAGGUAGAUAAAAAGAAACACAGGCACCUUGUAUCCUUUUCCAAGUAACAAGAAAUAUGUCACAUGAUGGGCUACUCGGGUAAACUUAAGCUUUCAUGCCUAGUUUGAAUUAAUUUUGCCUAACAUUUCCUCAAAAAUAGCUAGUUUAGGACAGAUGUUGAAUUGACCUAUUUAUUCCCAGUACAUCUUCCCUGUUAUGGGGUAAAUUUCAUUCAUUUUUGCGACCAGAACUAAGUACAACUCAUUCUUGACUUCUUUAGCUCUUUUUAAUGCAUUAAAAUCAGGUGCCCUGUACUACACAGACAAACAAAACAAAAAGCAGCAUCCCUCUACUGCAGGGUAAGCCCAGUGCUUUUUUAAAAGCACAAGUUGAAAUAUAUUUGUUCUUCAUCGGAUGCACAGCUGAAUUAAUACUGCCUCAAAGUAAUUUCCAUCUCUGUACAAAGUAGCAGUAGAUACUAUACUUCUCAGUGAAUGGUGCAAUACAGCAUAAAUUGUUUUCUCUGAUAUAUCACAGACUCAGGAAACAUAAUUCAUGGUUUCCUUGAAUUGAACAGCCAGUGAUCUCAGGUUUCAAGCCAAAUCUGAAAGCAGUGAACCCAUAUUUGCAAUUACAAUUGCAAAUUAUAAAUUUGUAAAUUUGUUUGUACAAAUUAUGAGAGUAACCCAUCUGACAUGUUUUUAGUCAACAUUUAAGUAUUACACGGAUAACUUAUUUUCAGUGCCAGCUCAUGCCAACUAUUCUAAUUAUUUGGUGGCUUUUUUAGUUUGUUAAGACCCAGAUUUGUGGAGAGCAAGCAUUCUGCACUCCAUCUUAGUGGAAUAAUGCACAAAACGUGCCACAAUCACAGAAUACAGUAAGGUAGGAAGGGAUCCUGAUUAAGGACUAUGUAGGGAAAGCAAAAGCAAUCUAUUUCAGUUGCUUUGAUAUUAGAAGAAAAUAUUGUAGAAUUCAGAGCUCCUUGAAUACUAUUCAGACAAUGAGAGGAUGAUACUGCACACACUUAUAUUUCUGCUUCCUCAGUAGGGAGAGGCAGACAUUUACAGUCUUUGUGCUCCCUCCUUUGGGGUGCUGUGCCUGGACUCUGCAUGCUUGCAGAGGUGCCUGUGGCCACACAACUGCUGUAUCUUAACAGACUAGGUAAAUAUUGCUGUUUCCUUAUUAAAUGAACAGUGCAGACAGCACGCAGAAAUAUUAGGCCACAAGCAAGCUGACAAGCAGUGCAACCACAAUAAUCUUAUGGGAGGAAAGAAACAUGCUGCAAAACUGUAAACAUAAUUAUCUUACACUGCUCUAAACAGGGAUGCCAGGGUCCUGUGUCGUACUGCAGCAAGGCAGUCUUACCUAGCAGGUUCCUGGGGUGUGCUCAGGUUCUUUGUGCACAGGCUCACAGCAGUUCCUACCUGGUUACAGAAGUACAAAGCAGCAGUGGCUCGUGUCAUCUGUCCUUCCAUUGUAAAAGUGCAAUAAAACAAAGCUGUGUCAGCAUCAACUGCUAGAGCUGAGCCAUUCCAAAGGCGGGUCUCAAUUCAGCACAGUUUUACAGCUAGGUUACGCCAUCAACAACGCUGACUUUCCUACAAGCAGUAAAAAUGUUGAUGAGUCACAGAGUGGAUUUCCUCCCUUGUACACCCCUGGCCAGCAUCUUGAAUGAAGCUCUGCUGGCUGCACUGGGUCAGCAAAGAGCCGCUGUCUCCAGAUUUACGCAAUAGCUCACCUGAUGCUUUCCAGCAGGUUGAAUUGUACUGAAGACGAAAACUUAAAUCAUCUUAAAAUACAUUACAUUUCACUGUAAAUAUCUUCUGCUUUAUAAAUAUGCUCCGUGAUCCCCCGUUCUAUUUAUUUAGAGAUGUUUUUGUGAUUUUUUUAAAACUCUGUAUAAACUGAUUGUUCUUAUUCUGUUGCCUUUGAAAAAGAAAAGUAUUUUUUUAAGCCAAACCGUGGUUCUGUAACAAGAGUGUGUUUACAUGUUUAACUUUUCAGUUGCUCCAGGUACGUGUUUUGUAAAUAAAUAAAUAAAAAAGGAUUGAAUUGCACACCAA